CGUGGUGACCUGCCUGGGGCCGGGUUCCCAGCUCCAGCUCCUCCUCCCUCCAGCUCUCGCUCGGCUUCUGCAGUAUCACGUGCAGCCGCGCCGGGUGCAGGAUGGCGGCGGCGGCGGCGGCAGCAGCAGCAGCAGCGGUGGGUGUCAGGCUCCGGGACUGCUGCAGCCGGGGCGCUGUACUCCUGCUUUUCUUUUCCCUGUCUCCGAGGCCCCCGGCCGCCGCCGCAUGGCUGCUUGGUCUGCGGCCUGAGGACACUGCUGGAGGCCGCGUGUCCCUGGAGGGGGGUACCCUGCGCGCUGCCGAAGGCACCAGCUUCCUCCUGCGCGUCUAUUUCCAGCCUGGGCCCGCGGCCCCCGCCGCGCCGGUGCCCGCACCCACCCUUUCCCCCGGGGAGAACAGCACGAGCGAUUGGGCCCCGCGGCUUGUGUUUAUUGAGGAGCCCCCGAGCGGGAGCGGCGUAGCGCCCAGCGCAGUCCCCUCGCGUCCCCCGGGACCGCAGCGCUGCCGCGAGCAGAGCGACUGGGCAUCAGAUGUGGAAGUCUUGGGGCCCCUGCGCCCCGGGGGCGUGGCGGGCUCGGCCCUGGUCCAGGUGCGGGUGCGAGAGCUGCGCAAGGGCGAGGCAGAGCGGGGCGGUGCGGGCGGUGGCGGGAAGCUCUUCUCGCUGUGCGCCUGGGACGGGCGCGCUUGGCACCACCACGGCGCCGCCGGCGGCUUCCUGCUGCGCGUCCGCCCGCGGCUCUAUGGCCCUGGUGGGGACCUGCUGCCGCCCGCUUGGCUGCGGGCGCUCGGGGCGCUCCUGCUGCUGGCCCUGUCCGCCCUGUUCAGCGGCCUGCGCCUGAGCCUGCUCUCGCUGGACCCGGUGGAGUUACGGGUGCUGCGGAACAGUGGCUCGGCCGCCGAGCAGGAGCAGGCGCGCCGCGUGCAGGCCGUGCGCGGCAGGGGGACCCAUCUGCUCUGCACCCUGCUCCUGGGCCAAGCCGGAGCCAACGCCGCCCUGGCCGGUUGGCUGUACGCCUCGCUGCCGCCGGGCAUCGGGGGGACUGGGGAGGACUACAGCGAGGCGGGGAUUCACUUCCCAUGGCUGCCGGCGCUUGUGUGCACCGGCGCGGUGUUCCUGGGAGCCGAGAUCUGCCCCUACUCGGUGUGUUCGCGGCAUGGACUGGCCAUCGCCUCGCACAGCGUGUGCCUGACCCGACUCCUGAUGGCGGCCGCCUUCCCGGUGUGCUACCCGUUGGGCCGCCUGCUGGACUGGGCCCUGCGCCAGGAGAUCAGCACCUUCUACACGCGGGAGAAACUGCUGGAGACGCUACGGGCAGCGGACCCCUACAGCGACCUGGUGAAAGAGGAACUCAACAUCAUCCAGGGAGCCCUGGAGUUGCGCACCAAAGUGGUGGAGGAGGUCUUGACCCCCCUCGGGGACUGUUUCAUGCUGCGCUCGGACGCGGUGCUCGACUUCGCCACUGUCUCGGAGAUACUUCGCAGCGGCUACACUCGCAUCCCGGUGUACGAGGGCGACCAGCGCCACAAUAUUGUGGACAUUCUGUUUGUCAAGGACUUGGCCUUCGUGGACCCCGACGACUGCACCCCACUUCUCACUGUCACCCGCUUCUACAACAGGCCCCUGCACUGCGUCUUCAAUGAUACACGGCUGGACACGGUACUGGAGGAGUUUAAGAAGGGAAAGUCUCAUCUGGCCAUUGUCCAGCGGGUGAAUAAUGAGGGAGAAGGGGACCCUUUUUAUGAGGUGAUGGGCAUUGUCACGUUGGAGGACAUCAUAGAGGAGAUCAUCAAGUCAGAGAUCCUGGAUGAAACAGACCUCUACACCGACAAUCGGAAAAAGCAAAGAGUCCCACACCGGGAGAGAAAACGGCAUGACUUCUCCUUGUUUAAGCUCUCUGACUCGGAGAUCAGAGUGAAGAUCUCACCACAGCUUCUGCUGGCCACACACCGAUUCAUGGCCACAGAAGUGGAGCCUUUUAAGUCUCUGUACCUUUCGGAGAAGAUCCUACUCCGGCUCCUGAAACAUCCCAACGUGAUCCAGGAGCUGAAGUUUGAUGAGAAGAACAAGAAGGCCCCAGAACACUACCUCUACCAGCGCAACCGCCCUGUGGACUACUUUGUGCUGCUUCUACAGGGUAAAGUGGAAGUGGAGGUCGGUAAGGAAGGCCUUCGCUUUGAGAAUGGAGCCUUUACCUACUAUGGUGUCCCAGCCAUCAUGACCACUGCUUGCUCAGAUAAUGACGUGCGGAAGGUUGGAAGUCUGACUGGAUCCUCUGUCUUUCCAAUCCAGGAGACCAUAGUGAGUGAGCCUGACUCUGAAGGAACCUUGCCUGAGCUCAGGGCAGCCAGAACAGUGCCCGUCUCUGUGUCUCGUACCUUCGCCUUCAGCAGAGGGGACUCUCUGGCAGGCUCCCCAGUAAACCGGUCCCCUUCUCGCUGCAGCGGCUUGAAUCGCUCUGAGUCUCCAAACCGAGAGCGCAGCGACUUUGGUGGGAGCAACACCCAGCUGUACAGCAGCAGCAACAACCUCUACACGCCCGACUACUCAGUCCACAUCCUCAGCGAUGUACAAUUUGUGAAGAUCACACGACAGCAAUACCAGAAUGCGCUCACAGCCUGCCACAUGGACAGCUCACCCCAGUCUCCAGAUAUGGAGGCCUUCACGGAUGGAGACUCCACCAAGGCUCCCACAACCCGGGGCACACCCCAGACCCCCAAGGAUGACCCUGCCCUCACGCUGCUGAACCACAGGACCAGCCUGCCAUGCAGCCGCUCCGAUGGGCUGAGAAGCCCUGGCGAGGUGGUGUACCUGAGGAUGGAGGAGAUGUCCUUCACCCAGGAAGAAAUGACUGACUUCGAGGAGCAGAAGACACAGCAGCUCUCUCUGUCCCCUGCAGCUGUUCCCACAAUAGCAGCAUCAGAUAAUGAAUGUUGUAAUAUCAACCUGGAUACAGAGACCAGCCCGUGUAGUAGUGACUUUGAGGAAACCAUGGGCAAGAAACUGCUGAGAACCUUGAGUGGUCGAAAAAGGAAGAGGUCAGCGGAUGGAGAGAGAACCUCCGAGGAAAACUCCAAUUUAACACCUCUGAUCACAUGACGAUGCAAAGAGCAUUUGCUGGGUGUGUGAGAUUCCUGGGCUUUGGGGGAGGGCCCACCUGCCCAUCAUCUGCUUCCCCCCAAGGCCUCCCACAGGUGACAGAGCAUUUCUGCCUUCCUUUCCACCUCUUCACCCCUAGCUGUCAUUUUGGCAGACUUUCCUUUGUUGCCUCCAGUUUGACUCAGAGCCUUGCUGUGGCCAUGACAGAAGAAGGUGCCUCAAAUGGAACAUAUUAGAAAUGGUCUUGUCCAUAGCACAGUCUGGGACUGAAGAAGAGAUGACCCCCAAGUUGACAAUGCUACUCUGGGACCCCUGCCGUUCUUCUUUGUUCUUUGGGAUCCCCUGUGCCAUAGCAGCCCCAUGUCUUGGGAUUCACCAUUGGUUCCUCCAGAACAAAAUGACUUUGUACCAUAUCUCGUGCUUAGCUUAACUCAGAAGGUGCCACUGGCAGAUAGGCACAGAGGAGGCUGGAGUAGCAGGUAUGAAGAUUAGUUCAGGGAAUGGAUCAAGAAUUCCUCCAGAACUUUGGAGAAUGGGACUCAGCUGUGUUGGCCUGUGAUUAAUGUCACAGCACAGAAAAGUGUCAGUGACUGUUCCUAUUAGAUAGCAGCUUCAGCAGCCUGGGAAUGUGUGUCUCAGCUGGACUGGAAAGAAUACAAGAUGGAACCUCAAGUCACUGUUUUUCCCAGGGACACAUCUGUUUUGGUUCCCAGUCCACAUUAAUCAAUCAAUGAAUCCUCCUGGAAGAGGAGGGAAUCAGUUGGGAGCCAGAGAUGGAACUUCAGGUUUUUAGUGGAAAAAAAAAAAAAAACCCAGAAAACUUAUAUGGAAAAUUCGAAGCUGUUAAAGCAA